AUGAUAAGGCCAUUAUCUGAAUAUUAAUAAUGUUACUAAGAAAUUAAAAUAAUUGGGAGAGGUUAAUUUGGUAAUAAAUAAUGAUUAAUCUUAUAGGAAUUGUUUAUUUAAUAUAGGAAAAGUCAACUUUAAAAGAAUUUGCAGCAAAAAAAAUAAAUGGAGAAUGUUCCAAUACAGAAUUAGAUAUCUUAUUAAAAUUGAAACAUCCAAAUAUUAUUAAUGUUUAUGAAUGCUUCAAAGAUCAAAAAUCAAUAAUUAUUAUUAUGGAUUAUUGUUAAAGUACAAAUUUAUUAAAUAAAAAUAGAGGGAGAUCUAUGGAAUAUGAUUUAAUAUAGAAUAUUAGAAGGAAAGAAUAGAGGAUAUACUUAGAAGGUAAUUGAAUAAUGGCUUGUUUAAUUACUUAUGGGAUUAGCUUGCAUACAUGAAAAUAAUGUUAUUCAUAGAGAUUUGAAGAGUUCAAAUAUUUUAAUUAAAGAGGAUGGACAAUUAAAGAUAGCUGAUUUUGGAGUAGCUAAAGUAAUAUAAUAAUUUAUUACGAGAUUUUAUCAGAAGAUAAAAUGGCUAAGACAAUUACUGGUAGUCCAUUUUAUUUAUCACCAGAAAUCAGUUAAGGUUAAGAUUAUACAUACUCCUCAGAUAUAUGGUCACUUGGAUGUAUAUUAUUUGAAAUGUGCACAUUAAAAAGGGCUUUUGAUGGUGAUUAAUUUGAUUAAGUACUUAAUAAAAUACAGCAACGAAAAUUGUAAUAGGAAAUACUGAUUUAGGAUUAGAUUGAUCCAACAAUUUCUGAUACAAGAACAUAUACUUCAGAAUUAGUAAAUUUAAUUUAAUCUCUUCUGAAUGUAGAUCCUUCAAAAAGACCCACUGCCAAAGAACUUUUAAGAUCUUCUUAUAUAGCUAAAAUUAUGUUAUAAAGUUUUGAAAAGAAAAGUGUUAAAUAGAAGGAUAUUCAAAAAAUAGGUUAAGUCACUAUGAUGUAAAAAAAAGCACAUGAAAAAUAUUAAAAAUAAAUGAGUUAUGUUAAGUAACUUUUAGGAAACUCAUAAGAUUCUAUCAAUGCAUAAUCUUAAGUUUGUGAUACUAUGUUUACAAAAAAAUAAACAAGUAUUUGA